AUGUCACCAUCAUUAGAAGAAGAACUCUCAACUCUCCCUCACGAAAUUCCCGCUACAAAACAAUCAACAGAACAAACACAAUCCCAAUCUCCAAAUCCAACUUCGACUUCCAAAAAACAUGAAGAAUAUCAAUAUCUAGACUUAAUCCGAGAGAUUUUAGAAACCGGUGAACAUCGUCCUGAUAGAACAGGAACUGGUACUAUCUCACUCUUCGCCCCCGCCCCUCUAAAAUUCUCCCUCACAUCCCCAACCGGAACUCCAAUUCUUCCACUUCUCACAACAAAACGAGUAUUCCUACGAGCCGUCCUAACAGAACUUCUUUGGUUCAUCUCUGGCUCUACUUCGUCCCUUCCUCUCUCUGCAGCCGGUAUAAAAAUUUGGGAUGGAAAUGGAUCCCGCACAUACCUAGAUUCGAUUGGUUUAUCUCAUCGAGCAGAAGGAGAUUUAGGUCCUGUCUAUGGUUUUCAAUGGCGACAUUUCGGCGCUAAAUAUAUUGAUGCCGAAACGGAUUAUACAGGACAAGGUGUUGAUCAAUUAGCGGAAAUUGUAUGGAAGCUUAAGAAUAAUCCAUGGGAUAGGAGGAUUAUUCUAAGUGCAUGGAAUGUGGCAGAUAUUAAGUUGAUGGCCUUACCACCUUGUCAUAUGUUUGCACAAUUUUAUGUUUCUUUUCCGAAAACUCCAGAUUCCUCGACUUCAGAAGCAAAUACAAAUCCCGAAUCAAAACCUAAAGGCAUACUUCAUUGUCAGCUUUACCAACGUUCUUGCGAUAUGGGUCUCGGGGUUCCUUUUAAUAUCGCUUCUUACGCCCUUUUAACUCAUAUUCUUGCUCACGCAUGCAAUCUUACACCGGGUACAUUUACUCAUACUAUGGGAGAUGCACAUGUUUAUGUUGAUCAUGUUGAUGCGUUGAAAAUACAACUUGAGCGAGAACCUAGAGAAUUUCCUGAAUUAGGAAUUUUGAGAGAGGAUAGGGGUAGUGGUGUUGUGGAUGGAUGGAAGGGAGAAGAGUUUGAGGUUAGGGGAUAUAAACCACAUGGGAAGAUUGAUAUGAAGAUGAGUGUUUAG